ACUGUGAAGAGCUAAAAUGGCAAACAUGCAGAUAGUUCCAGCUUAUAAGAACGUGGAAGCACAGUUGGUGGAGAUGAUGGUGCCUUUAUACUCUUAUGGAUGCGAGAAGAAGGUCAAGAAGACUUUAUCUCAUCUCAAAGGUAUAUACUCGGUAAAUGUGGACUACAACGAGCAAAAAGUGACGGUUUGGGGAAUUUGUAACAAACACGAUAUGUUAAAAACGAUGAAAGGAAAAAGAAAAGAAGCUCGUUUUUGGAAUCCCGAUGAUACUACCGAGUUAGAACAAGAACCGAAUGGUUCAUCAUUAUCAUCCCCACCACUAGUUAAAUUAUCGAAGCCUUCAUUAGCACUUGCUAGAGCUCGUUCCCUUGGUUGGAAAACAAUGAAAAAGAUCUUCGCUAGAUCUUAUUCUUUUUGA